GGUACUUACUCCUCUUCCUUCAUUGUCUUCAGUUUGACAUGUUGGAGAUGGACCGCCUGGAGAGGCAGCUCGUGAACCUCCCCCUGCUGCAGGACCCAACCUCUUAUAUCCCAGACACAGUGGACUUGACUGAGGAUGCUUUGGCUCGGGAGUACUGGCUCUUCUGCUUUGAGGAGGCAUUGGAUGGGGUGGUGAAGCGAGCCGUGGCUAGCCAGAAAGACCAACCAGAGGCUGUGGAGAGGGCAGAGAAGUUUCGUCAGAAAUACCGUCACAAACUCCAGACCCUCCGGCACCAGCCUUUUGCUUAUGGAUCCCUCACCGUCAGAAGUCUUUUAGACACAAGAGAACACUGUUUAAACGAGUUCAACUUUCCUGACCCCUACUCUAAGAUCAAGCAGAAAGAGAAUGACAUGGCCCUGAAAUACUAUCUAAAGGUGGUGAAGUCAGUAGAGGAGCUGAGCUGGGAGCAAAGACAGUUCACUUUGGUCAAAGGCCUCCUGGCCGGCAACGUUUUCGACUGGGGAGCCAAAGCCGUGUCAGACGUGCUUGAAUCAGAUCCAGACUUUGGGUUUGAACAAGCAAAACAACAACUACAAGAGAGGCCAUGGCUUGUGGAUGCCUACAACCAAUGGAUUGAGAGAAUGAAGGGUCCUCCUCAUAAAUGUGCAUUGUUUUUCGUAGAUAAUAGUGGAAUAGACAUUAUUCUCGGGGUUUUCCCUUUCAUUAGAGAACUCCUCAUCAGAGGCACAGAGGUUGUGCUUGCCAGUAACUCAGGCCCUGCCCUAAAUGAUGUCACUAACAGCGAGCUGCAGAUCUUAACUGAGAGAAUAGCUGCCAUGGACCCUGUCAUUCAGACUGCACUCAAAGAGGACAGACUUGCUUUGGUGCAGAAUGGUUCUAGUUCUCCUUGUUUAGACCUGAGUCGCCUGGACAAAGUCCUGGCCACAGUUGUCAGGGAGCGGGGCACAGAUCUGGUGAUCAUUGAAGGUAUGGGUCGGGCCAUCCACACAAACUACUACGCCAUGCUCAGCUGUGAAAGUCUUAAACUAGCUGUAAUAAAGAACUCCUGGCUGGCCGAGCGUCUUGGAGGCAAGAUCUUCAGUGUAGUCUUCAAGUAUGAGGUCCCUUCUAAAUCUCGAGGGCAUCAUUAGAGAAAUAAAGAGGUUUUGGGGGAAAAAUGGCUAGCUCCAAAAGGAAGGAGCACUAUUUGGUCUUCUGUGCUUCUUCCUGAGAUUGACAUAAUGAUUGUAUUUGAGGUUUUCUUUUGCUUUUGCUUCCUUUUUUUUUUAAAUCAAAAACAAUAAUAAAGGGGUGGUCAUGUGUGCCUGCUCUGAAAUUGAAUGUGCACGUCUGCUGUAGCCUCCCUCAUAACAAUUGGAUGACAGCUGUAGGGGCUUUUUUCUUUUGAGAUUGAAUUUUAUUGUUCUCAGACCAGAUUCUUUUGCUAAAGGUUUCUCCGUUGGAUUCAGGAUGGAUUUGCAAUGACAAAUAUAAUAUUUUAUGAACAGUUUUGAAUUAGCCCUAAUCCUGUUGGAUUUAACAAUAUAUUUAAAUGUAUAAACCUCUGUUAAUUAAAUAUGGUUCUUUUUUUUGAAACAUUGAUAAAAAUCACAAAGAAUGGCUUUUUUAUUUCAUUGCAGACUUAUUUAGAAGUCUUUUUAUUGAACACUUUUUUUUUUUUUUGUUUUUUUUGUUUUUUUGUCAAGCAAUCUGGUUUCAAACGGAACUGGUAUGUUCUAAUUAUUUCACUCACUGCUUUUGUUACUGCCAUACUGAUUCAUAUCUCAUUCAGCUGGCAUUGUCUUUUAAUGGCUAGCACCUCUGUUCCCAUGACAACAUUUUGUAGCGACAAUGAUUUUGUAUUGUUUUAAUACAUUAGCAGUGGCGACCCAACUGAAGUUAAUAUCAAAAGCUUCUUGCACAAAAUGGCAUGCUCGACUUGGUUCUUGGAAAAACUAAGUAACAAUUUAUGGAUUCUGAUUUUUUGUUUUGUUUUUGUUUUUUGUUUUUUGGCCACUUUCUGAAUAUGAUAGAUAAAAUGGUUUAAAUAUAAAUUGGCACAAGACAACACAUUUUUUAAUGAGUUGUGCAUCCAAUAACACUAGGUGUCAGUGUUGUAUUAUAAUUAGUCCUAAACAAAUACCUUUCUUGAUAAAGACAAAUGCUAAUGUAGAAGACUUUCAGGAUUCUCUCUUUUUUUUAAUUUAAUUUAUCAGCCAUUGAUUAGGAGAAAAAAUGACAGGGAACAGAGUCUGCAGUGCCUGCUUCAGAUAUUGCGUCAUUAUACUGUACUGCAUUUGUCCUCAAAUCUGAUGCAGCUCUCGCUUUCUACCGUCUGUGGAAAUCUUUGUAAUAUAAAAUCAGGGUUCUACAGCACAGCAUUGCCUCACUAUCACAGCUUUUUCUGAAUGGGAGCGAGCGACAGAGUUUGUGUAUGCGAAAUAGAAAAAUCCAUUCAUGUUUUUUAAGAUAAACUAUAACACAAUCAUUAGUUUGUGGGCACUAAAUGUUAAAAGCACAGUAUUUCAGGGAUAUGUUACAGAGCAAUUGUUUUUUUGUUUUCAUUCUGAUUGAUUGGUUGGUUCUCUCAAUAUAUCUUAUGUGUUUAUGCAUUAUUUACAUGUGUGGCCCAAAAAAAACCUAAAAUGUGUCAUGAAUUGCAUACAAAUUGACAAGCCAUGUUGUAUUUUAAGCGCAGUAUGUACGGCCAUCAUUCUGACUAAAGGUUUUGGACUGAUGGUCUAGAAUGUGACACGUUCAGGAGUCAGUCGGGUGGUAGCUUUAUAAUAUGCUCAUCACAGACGUUGUGAAAACAAGGAUCUCUCUCAGCCUAAAGCUCUUUGUACUGUCCAUAUUUAUCAUCUGGCCAAAGGCUAACUUACUUUACUAAUGCAUUGUGAGAUUUUGUAAAAUCUAGUGUAAAUAUAACGUAAACUUGUACAUAAAAAUGUACUGUUUAUUUGCAUAUCUUGAUGCAUUCUUGAUAUUUCAGAAAAUUAUACUCACUUGACAAUCAUAUGUAAUUCUGUCAAAUAUAUUUUACACUGUCUUCACUCA